AUGGAGGAGGCGCGUGCGUUUCCAAUCUCGCCACCGUCGCCCGCAAAGGUGCGCGACACUGUGCCUGAGUGCGGGGAUGACUGGGAGCAGGAUGCAUUGGAGGCGCUUGCGGAUGACGUGCCAGGGCGUCUCAGAGAGACUUUGGUGCAGGCGUACGAUACAGUCUUGGGGAAGCGCGCGGCACCUUGCAAUGACGACGCAGGCACAGUAGAUCAGCAAGUGAUCCCAGAGACAAGCGAUGCGUUUGGCACGCAGCCAGAUGAUGCGUGGGACCUGGACGAUGCGGAAUUAUACUCAGGAGAGCAGGUGGUCUUAACUUCGGAUUUGCGCUCUUCGUCGCCGCAGCCCACCGAAAGAGUCGCGCAUACGCCCGUGACCUUGUUGCGCGAGUAUAUGGACAGCCUUUUUGGCGAGGAAGAUGGAUCAAGCGAUGCGUCUGCCAGUUUUCACCGCAUAGACGGCGAAAUGAUUCUGCGCUCGAAACCGCUGCAGCGCUUGCAAGGGCUGCUGCACCGCAUUGGCCGCGAUCCAGGAGCCCAAGACGUACUUGAAAUUGAUCCUUUCAAGCUUUCACGCCUGUUACACAUGCUGGAGCGUGCAAUGCGACGCAAACCCAGCAAGUCCCUUUUUGACGAAGCGCACGAAAGCGUUCCUUACGAAGCUGUGGAGCAAAGCAUCAUCGCCUCGCUUUCUGCUCUAUGGGCAGCACAAUGUGCUUUGAUUAUUCUUGCGCAAGAGCAGCUGCCCAAGUUUUUGUUUUCAGAAGAGCUGCUGGAACAGUGCAUCGCUGCAGUGAAAAUGCCGCUGGAGUCGUUUGUGCUGCCCUUAAUCGAGGCCAGCGUGGCACAGCACAUGGAACCAAAAACGGUCCUGGACCGUCUCGCUUUCGAGUUAAUGGGCGACAGUGUUCCUGAGCGGCUACGCGAGCUGCUCGCCGUCCACUUCCACAAUGUAAAUGCCGCCAUGCUGUUUCUGGAGCGCUUAUUUCGGCUUCCUAGCGUCACGAUACCCGAGCCAUUGCUCAUUCCAGCCGUAUACCUCUCGCUUGCGCCUUUUUUUGUGCAGGAAUGUGAGCGUCAUGGCUCGACUUUGUUUGCACAAGCGCACGUCCUUCGUCCCAUGCGCCUUUCCUCGCUAAUUAUCCUGCGCAGCAUUUUUUCCUUGUACCCGCAGCAGCGCAUUUGGGUGCUUGGUGAACUGCUAGUCUCUCUGCUGCGACUACCGGAUAUGCGAUUGAAACGACGUGAAUUUCGCUUGUCCAACGGCCGUGCUGUGUAUACCAUCAGUGCGCUACUCCUUCAGCUUUUGCAAGCAGCCGCAUACGAAUCACGCAGCAGUCAGGAACAGACACUUGCGUGGAUGGCACAGUGUGCGGCACUGGACACGGAUCCUGCGCCACCCAUGCCGGCCACACGCACUGACCAGGAAAAUGUUUAUGCACUUGCGAGCACCAUUGCCAUGUACCUGUGCAACGAGGCUUCUCAGGCCAAACUGGUCAAAAACUCCAGCGAGUUGAGCUACGCGUCGAUCAUCUACUUUCUCAUGGAAGAUUUACUGACGCUUUUGUUCCUGCCCGACUGGCCCGCCGCGCCGCUGCUGCUCACCUGCUUUUGCCGCAUAUUUGUCGCGAGCCUCAAAGACGCCAAAAGUAGUCUUGAUGCCAAAGCCAUCGCACUAGACCAUGUCGGUGUUGUUGCAGCGCGCCUGAAACAGGCUGAGCGCGAGUGUUGGCAUGCAAGUCGUAAAAUACGACUUGCAUCCAUGGCAGAACUGUGCGCCUCCUUGGACAAUGAGGCGCUCACUGCACUGGAACGCGCUUACCACAGUGUAGCGCAUUGCAUAAUGCACUCUAGUACGGAUCAGCCUGCGGCUGCGGCUGCAUCGCAGUACCUCUUGCAUCAGUUUGGACACGAUUUGGCCCAAGGAAUGAGCCACAUCAAGCAGCAGGAUAUAGCGUCCCAAGCGCUUGUUUUAUCCCCCACUUUUUCAUUGGCGCUCGUGGCUGCGUACGAAAGACUGUUGUAUCCUGCGCACGCGCACGACAAAGCGCACGCUUUUCUUGUGCCGCAACUGGUAUUCAAGAGCUCCUACUUCAUUACCACUCCAGAGCUCCUUUCCGCGCUCCUACCAAACAUACAAGCGCAAGCACUUGGCACAAGAACUCGCGCUCUUCGCGGCGUUGGCAACAUAUGUGCAGUAGACCAUCAACUGCUUAACGACGUACAUGUGCGAAAUGCCGUGCUUGCCCACAGCGCCGAUACCAGCGCCAAUGUCCGCGAGAUUGCGAUUGCCAUUCUCGGUGCGUACGUCUUGCAGCAUGCUGAGGGUUUUGAAAAAUACCAUUCGUUGGUGGCGCAUCGAAUUAGCGACACUGCCGUCGCUGUACGAAAGCGCGCGAUGCGUUACCUGCAGCGCGCAUUUGUACAGUGCAAAGAGUAUAGUGUGCGGGUGGAUGCGCUCUUGCGUAUACUUCGCUGCAUCCACGAUGUCGAUCCUGGAAUGCAAGCACUUGCGUCUGAAGUAUUGGAAGCGCUUUUUUUUUCCGAUACGCCCGAAUGCGAUGCUUUUGUAGACGCUCAAAUGCUGGUAAGCGUUGGUGCACAGACGCGCGAGCGCCCGUCACCUUUGGAUGCGUUUUUCCGCGGCGUAUCCCGCGAGAGAAGUGCGUCGGAGAAGCAUCGAUUGAUGGAACGAUUGGGCGCACUCGUCGAGGCACUCAUCUGCGACAUGUUCGAGAACGCCACCUCGGAAGCGAUACUCGAUCGUAUUCGUGUCGUGCAUACCAUGCUCCGAGUAUACCCGCAACUGCUCAGCAUAAGCCGCGCCAAGCAAUUGCUUCCGUACCUUUACGGAUGCGAGACGGGGGAAGACAUUGGUUUGUUCGAAGAGUUGCUGCGUGUAUAUUGCAUCGCUCUUCCUUCGAUGCCCCGCACAGCCAUUGCGUUUGCCCAGCAUCUCGAGCGCACACUCACCGCGCGUAUUAGCCGGUGCUCUCUUUUGCCGGGCUCCACGGCCCUGCAAGAACUCGUGGCGUGUUUCUGCGCCACGAUACGCUUCCAAACACACCACUAUGCACUGCUCGAGCGCACCUUUGCCACCUGUUUUACACAUGUACAGGAAGCGCUUCCCAGUGCAUUGGAAGCGACGCGCGUUGACCGCAAUGUAUACCUGCUCAUGUGCAUGGCUUGUCUGUUGUGCGAGCACGGAUGGAAGGCGUCGUCUGAAAAGGACCACGCACACCGUGUAUUUGCCUGUAUUUUGCAGCUUCUCGACUCCAAAGCGUACCAACUGCCUGCCAUGACUGCGCUCGGCUAUUUGUUGCGUGCGUAUCCUUCCUUCUUCUUGCACGCCCGCGUUACAAAGACCAUGGAUAGCAUCAUGGCGUCUGGCGACGCCGACGAGCGACAACUUGUGCUGCGUAUUUUGCUUGAUUACCUGAACGCCGAAGCGGCACAGUCAGUCGCGCCUGUCCCCGUGCAUGUCCAGCAGGAUAUGAUGGGUGAACUCACAGGGAGCGGCGAAGCGUACACUGGCACAGGCGUUGCUUCUGCGCUCAUUCACCGCUACGCGUCGCCUGUUUUGAACGCCACACUCGACGUGGAUAACCGCGGUGUACAGCGUCUUGCAAGCGAGAUUCUUGCACUUGCUGUACUACAGGGCCUCGCCCAUCCUAUCCAAUGCAUGCCGUACAUUAUUGCGCUGGAGACAUCGUCGGACAUUUCGCUGCGCAAUCGCGCCGUGCAGCUUCACGUACACCUUGUAUCCAAGCACGGCUCGCUUUUAGCCACACGCUACAAAGAAGGCGCACUUAUGUCGUACACAUUUCAACGAACAGUAUUGGGCGGUGCAGUGCGAGGGUUUCGCUCUGAAAGCGAGCCAACGGCCCUGCUGCAGACAUGGUAUGCCCUUUUGCGCGAGCAGCGUGGAGCGCGGCAUGCAUUUUUAAAAGCGCUCGUACGCUUACUGGAUCCAGGAGACGACGUAGCCUCGUCGGAUGUGGACCUUGCCUUGUACAUUGCCGACAAUCUGGCCACGUUGGAGUACAAAUUCCAAAACGAGGUGCUUGCGCUGGCGCACGAGCUAAAACUCACCCUUGCUGCGAUGCGAAUGCACGUGUUUGGUGCUGUGCAGCGAUACUUGCGCCUGCGCGAACCGAGCCCUUUGACUGACGAGGAAAGCGACGAGGAGCAUGCCCCAGCGAAUGCAGACCUCUUUGCGCACGUCCGCGCCGUACAAAUUUUGCACAUUGGCCAGGCGCUGCGCGCGCAUUUGAAGCGCCUGUACAAGUUAUCGGAAGCGUAUGUAUUUGCGCAAACACUAACAACAGGAAAUGUGUGA